UUGCUGAUUGCAAGCAAGGGAAGGCAAAUGCGAAAUGGCUUGACAGUGGCAAAGACAAUAAUAUUGCAGACAGUAAAGAGUUAUCAAGUAAAGCCGCGUCCUCGCUUUACCACUUCUAGCGAACAUCUGCAUCGCCUCUGACUGGAGGCUCUGUCACCAAGUAACAGCUAGUGUGAUAGAGUGAGUUGUGGCAACUAGCGGACUGAAUGCACGAGGAAAUUAUGCCGUCGGACUACCCUCGGGACGUAGCGAAAAUUGCUUAGAGAGCUCAGUCUUGCUGCAGGACAACUUCCACGGGUGCCUAUCGCUGUGGUGUCGACUGAUCAGUGCCAAAGUCUCAAACGCUCUGCACUGAAAAAUGGCCACCACGCAAGGCUUUCAACAGCAGCUCUCGGCGCAUUUGGACAUAGUGGAACAGUACUCGAUUAAAAAUGUCGAGAGACACAAUACCCUGACGCCGCUAAAAGGGGCUGCCAGAAUGGCAAGUCGGGCGGAGAAAACUCCGCGUUCCUCUGAUGACAUCCUGCUAACGCUACUGCAUGCGAAAAAGAGAAGGAAGAAACUAACGUCAGUGGAGAGCCAGAGGCUGUUGUUAGUGUACGAUGAAGUUGUUCGUCAGGCUGAGAUUUGCCUAGUCCUGCCUUCGAUCUGCGGCGAUAGUGAAGCAUUUCUUGGACGAUAUUCUGUUCAGCUGGGAGAAGACCUGUGUAGAGCUAUGGAGCAGCAUGUCGGAUUGAGCAAGUCCCUUGUCGAGACUACGAGUGCGGCUGCUGACGUGGAGGAGCAGUACAUCGCUGGUAUCACCAGUGGAACGUUACAGACGUCGGUGCGUACCAUCCUGCGUGCCGUGUCCAAAAACCCGGAGAUCGCGCCCGUGUUCAGCAUGAUAGACCCGGCGGUGGCACUGGAGAACCAGGCCGGCAGGCUGCUCAUCCAGCUACUCCAGGACUAUCGGCGCGAGACUCACGUGCACAUCUCCGAGAGCCGACAUGACGAGGUCGUGCGGGAGCAGAGCAUUGCCAGCCUGCGCGAGAUCCAAUCCAAGCGUGAAACGCAGACCAGGGAGUUGGAGAAGGAAAUCGCCAAACAGAAGCAGGUUCUAACUGGAAAGGUGGCAGAGAGGGGUGAAGUGCUAAACAAACUUGCCAUGAAGGCUGCAGAACUUGAUCAGGCAACCAAGAUCUUUGGCAGAAAGAUGAAAGAGCAAGCUGAUGCUACCAUACAGGAGGGAGAUAGAACCGACAUCAUCAAGCAAUUGAAAACUCAACUGACGGAGAGUCGAGCACGGCUGGAUGAGCAGAUACAGAAGCAGAGGGGAGUCCAGAGUGAGCAACGCAAGAGAAACUUUCGCGUAGAGAAUGAAGUAGACACCUGGAUACGUAAAUACGAUGAUGAUAUGGGCGAGAAGCAGGCUCGCUUUGAUGAACUGGACGCGGCUCACAACACUGAGAAGGCACAGCUGGAUGAGUUGACGGUGCGCUUCAAGGGCCUAUCCUUUAAGCGUGACGUCAUCUUGGAAGAGAGAAGGCUGGCGGCGGAGAAACGGGCGCAGGAAGAACGAGAGAUGCACCUGCAGCUGUCAGCAGCCCUCAAGAUCCAGUACAUGUGGAGGAAGUUCCGCACGAGAAGAGCCCUCUCCAAGAAGAGCAGGAAGGGCAAGCGCAGUGGCAAGAAGGGAAAGAAAGGCAAAGGAAGCGGCAAGAAAAAGGGCAGUGGCAAGAAGAAGAAGUGAUGCCUUUCGCAUGUUUUGUACGUAAACUUGACCGGAGAACAUUUGUCUCGAAAAGUAAUGUUGAGAGAUUUUUUGUAUUGAGGACAUAAUCUAUAUCAUGCAAGCUAGUGCGCCCCUUUUGAAACCGUUUACGCAUAUUGUGCUCAUACUCAAUACAUGUACUUACAAUACAGCGUGUGCCACAUA